GCGGCACCGCGCAUGCGCGGCGGCCAUUUCCGACGCGGCGGUGAAGGCCCGCUCGCCGCCCGCCCGCCCGCAGCGCCGCGCCGGCACCAUGUCUCGAAGAUACGACUCCAGAACUACCAUAUUCUCUCCAGAAGGUCGAUUGUAUCAGGUCGAAUAUGCGAUGGAAGCAAUCGGACAUGCGGGUACUUGCUUGGGGAUUCUAGCAAACGAUGGCGUUCUGCUAGCUGCAGAGAGACGCAACAUUCACAAGCUUCUCGAUGAAGUUUUUUUUUCAGAGAAAAUAUACAAACUUAAUGAGGAUAUGGCUUGCAGUGUUGCAGGAAUAACUUCCGAUGCCAACGUUCUGACAAAUGAACUGAGACUGAUUGCCCAGAGGUAUUUGUUACAGUAUCAGGAGCCCAUUCCUUGUGAGCAGCUGGUAACCGCGCUGUGUGAUAUCAAGCAGGCCUAUACCCAGUUUGGAGGAAAACGUCCUUUUGGUGUUUCAUUGCUGUACAUUGGCUGGGAUAAGCAUUAUGGAUUUCAGUUGUAUCAAAGUGAUCCUAGUGGAAAUUAUGGAGGAUGGAAAGCCACAUGCAUUGGGAAUAAUAGUGCUGCGGCUGUGUCAAUGCUAAAACAAGACUACAAAGAAGGGGAAAUGACCUUAAAGACUGCGCUUGCGUUAGCCAUUAAGGUUCUAAACAAGACCAUGGAUGUUAGCAAACUCUCUGCAGAGAAAGUUGAAAUUGCAACACUGACCAGAGAGAACGGAAAGACAGUAAUAAGGGUUCUGAAGCAGAAGGAGGUGGAGCAGUUGAUAAAACAACAUGAGGAGGAGGAAGCAAAAGCUGAACGUGAAAAGAAGGAAAAAGAACAAAAAGAGAAAGAUAAAUAGAAUAUGAAAUCAAAUAUCCUGUAGAUAAUACAGGACCUGCUUCAGUAAAAGAUAAUCUGGAUUUCUGUUUUGUAGCAGCCUACAAAUACGCCAUGGGGGACCCAGAAUUACUUUUGCUGAACCAGGUCCUUAAUCAUCAUUCAGAUAAUUAGUUUUCCGCUCCUUAUAUUGACCAAUAAUUGCUUUAAUUCUUGAACACUCUUUCUUUCAUCUUCUAUUUUUUAUUAUGGAAUAAAAUUUAAGAAGAAUA